CGUUAAUUCUCGUUCGUUCGUUCUCACGCGUUUCUUCACAUCGUUGUUUCUUUCAUCGUGGUCUGCGAAAAGUGUGAAAAAUAUAUUUUUCAGUGAAUCUUCUGGCUCAUAAAUUAUUGUAAAAUUUUCAGCACUAACUUAACCAAAUACACAAGUUCCAAGUGAGCGAUUUUUCGAAUGUGUAAGUGGAAAAUAUGAAUAAAAGUAAAUGAUAAUUUCGCACUGAUUGAAAUGAAUUAAUGGCAAAAGUCGAUUGUGAUUGACAGCCACAACGUUAAAAACGACAGAGGGAAAAUUCGGUUGGAAUGUGCUUGAGAAAAAGAGAAAAAUAGUAGUAAGCUAAUAAGUCGUAUGUGUGAGCGAGUGAGAAAGCAAGCUUUGGUGACAGAGAAAGAGUGGAAGUAACGUGCCGCAGGGGCAGCGCUGUCGUCGGAGGCGACUCGAGGCCAUGAAAGCCAAAAUUUUUUAGUUCAGUACGGACUGAUUAUAAUAAAAAACUUUCGUUCUGAGAAUUGUGCACUUUUUUUAUUAUCAAAUCAUUUAAAAAGUAAGCGUGAAGUCAUAGUCAAAUACAUUGAUCUCAGGUGAUCAAUGCAAUAAGGCUUGCAAUUUUUUUGACUUACGCUACUUGAGGGUAUUUGUGUGAAUCGAGUUGAAUGCAUGUGUAUGUUAAUGCAUUGGAAUCGUGGCUUCUGCAAACAUAUUUUUUAAUCAAAAAUAGUGGACUCCCGCUGUUGUAAGUGUCCUAACAAUGUCAACGGAACACGAUGCUAAUCGCAACGUUGGGGGAAGGAACGAAAUAUCGCUGCAAACUAUGAAAACUGACGGCAGCAAUGAUGACGAUGACACCUUUGAGGAUCUCGCGGGCUCAGCAGAUAAUUCUAUUAUAGGAAAAGUUAAAUCACGAGUGUCUAGCAUAAUACCUAGCCGUUUUUCUAAAUGGUUUUCACCAUCGACACGAAAUAAUGAUUCCUUAAAUGGAAGCUUCACUGUAGGUACAGCACGCCGUCGUCGACGUUUAGAGAGCGAUGACGAUGAUGAAUAUGUUGAUGACGGUAAUAUUAACGAAGAUGGAGCGCAUUCCCUCGGCGGGUAUAAAGAAAACUUGACAAGCGAUAAAGUCAAUAAGGAUUCAGAUGAAGACGAAAGCGACAACAAUAGCGAAGACGGUUCGCCAAAAGAUCCCAAUCUGUCAACUCUGAGGACGCAUCGCUCAAACAGGUCAUCGGGGUUUUUUAAUCAACCACCUAGUAAACGAUCACGUAUUAGUUACGAUAGCUCAAACGUUAAUCACCAGUCCUUAAUAGCUUCUACUCCUGCGGUUGGCGUCUGUCGUCGAAACAUCAAUAGCCAUUCAACUUCGUUAGUAGAAGAUGCUAUAAGUAAACCUCCAAAUUCGUCCUCGUAUUUUCUGGAGCCUAAUACGUAUAAUCAAAAGAAUGUGGAUGAACCGGUAACAUAUGGCUUUAUUUCAGGCCAAGUCACGGAUGGCAAACCACAGGAAAACUAUGCGAAUAGGAAGAUUACUAAUGAAAAACAUUUGGAUAACAUUGCUAUAAGCGCAAGACGUACGUUACAUCUACCCUCAACGUCUCAAGCGUCGAAGGAUCGUGCUCUGUCAAUGGAUUUUUCCACUUUUCAACGGCAAUCAGUUGUGGGUAACAGAGAUAUAAAUAAUUUAUCUGUGGAACACCCUUCAAUGAGUGCUUCGGCAACCAUUAUUGAGGGAGAAGUCUAUGAAAGAGAUGAAGAAGAAGCGCUUAUCAGCCAAGAGAGGAAUCUUCAGCUAGAUGAAAAAUCACGCUUCAACUUAAAUGGAAAUACUAAGCCAUUUACAUGUAGUAAAAAACAGAAAUUUAAUGGCACGGAUGAUGCCGAGGGUAGCAAUGCAGAUGCCGAUUCUGUCUCCGAAAGUAGUGAAGGGUGCAUAGGCAAUAUAUCUGAAUUACCCAACAACAUAAGUGUGGGACAACGUAAAACAGGUUUAUUUAAUAUGUCUAAUCUAAACUAUCAAAAUGGAAAAAAGAGUCGAACUUCGUCAUUUGGAAAUGGCAUAAAUUUUUAUUCGCAUUUAGAAGGGCGUAAAUCCCUAUUUUCUAGGGGGGCGAAUACUGGUGAUUCAACAAAUGCCCUAAAUAACUCAACAUUAUCACUGACAUCGCUGAACAGACGUCAAUUCAACGCUUCAAUCUAUGGCAGCACAUCGGCGUUGAGUGACAGUAGAUUGUUAAACACAUUUUCGCCUUUCUACAAAGGGAAAACUACAUAUGGCGGUGCUGCGGCCUACAAAAAAUAUAGCGGUGCGACCGGGGCAAGCAGGAUUUGCAAUCUAACACCAACAAUUAUACGUCCCACAUCGAGCUUAUCGACACUCUCAUCCUCAAAUAACUCAAUUGCGGCAAAUAGCGGUGGAACAAACGCAAUUGGCAACAAUGGAUCCGAAAACACUUCAGCUAUUUCCAGUACUGCUAAGCGAAUAUUGGAUUUAAUAAAUGAUUUUGCUACUCCCUUGAGUGAAGCUAAGAAAAUGGCCAACACAAACGUUAAAGCGCAUACACAACUUCUAACCCAAGCUAAAUCACGUUUAAACGAAGUCGACCUUCAGGCCUCGCGUGCGAUACGACUAUCGCAAGUGCGUACACCCUACGCACGACCCGCCGUAACCCUUCAGCCAACAAUCAGAAAUUCAACUUUGCUACCACCUGUACAAGAAUUGCAAGUACCUUCAAUGUCGCAGUUAUUACAGAUGAAAAAGAUGCAAAGUACUACCGAACGAUCCCGACAAAUAGCUAUGCAAAGUAGUUCACUUACCACGAGUGCUAUUGUCGGAGGCGAGGAAUAUACACUACCCAUGGCGAAUGAAAAUUAUAUAGCUAAUAAGGAUGAUUCUGAAACUCGUCACCAACAGCCGCACACAAAUAAAAUUAAAAGCAAAGGGCGAAGCUCUGCCCGUAUUACUGCUUCAAAGAACGCUACCAAUCUUGAAGCUGGUGAGUCACCACCACCAGUUAACUUGCCCAAUAUAACAUUUCCGCUUAUGCAAUCUGUGCCAAAAUUUGACAUAGCUAUUCCUAACCCACGAACCGUUGCACCGAAAGCAAUUAACAAGCCCGACUACUCAAACUCUGAAAUCAUGUCUAAAUCAAAGUAUGCUGGCGAAGGAAUGCCGACCAUCAGUAAUAGUAACAGCAGUAACAUUUUCGCCAACAAAACUUCAUUUAAUUUUAAUACAGACAGUCAAAAAUUAUCCACCUCUGAACCCUUAAAGAACACUGCGGGCGGCAAUUCGAAUGAAACGAAUAAGAAAUCAGUCGCUAUAGAUAAAUUGAAUUUCAAGUUUUCUGCGCCACUUACUUUCGCAUGCGUUAACCCUAAUGCUUCUACACAACAAAAUAUCAAUUUUAGUAAAAACUAUAAAUUUAGUCCACCCACUGCAGUGUGCUCUAGAGACUUAGAUGUUGAUGGCUCAUCACCUACUCAACGUAAAGUACAAAGUGGUAACAAUGUGACUCCGCAACUAAGAAGUGGAAGUGUUCUGGACGCACUAAAGUUACCCCUAGCCAUACCAUCAACACCGAAAGAAAAUGCAACGACCAAAAAAGGCACUGAGGAACAUGCUGGUUUUGGUGAUGAAUUUAAGAAGGCUACUAGCAACAAAUGGGAAUGCCAAACAUGUUUAAUUCACAAUGAGAACAAUGUAGAUAAAUGCGCCGCAUGCGAGAUGCCGCGCAUUAAAUUAGUACCCACACCGCAGACUGUAAUCCCAGUUUUGGCAACAGCUAAUGCCACCGGCUCUUCAAACUUUGGCACACAGUUUAAAAAAUCCUCCGAUCAAUGGGAUUGUGAUGUUUGUAUGAUACGAAAUAAACAACAGGUUGAUAAGUGUGUUGCCUGUGAGACACCACGUAAAGGCGCGACACCGUCUACCGAUUUGGCGGUAAGUAAUGGGAAGUCAAACUCAUUCGGUGAGGCUUUUAAGCCGAAAGCCAACACGUGGGAGUGCCCCACUUGCCUUAUAAAUAACAAAAACGACUGCAACGAGUGCAAUACACCAUUUAAAUUUGGUUUCAGCACUGUUGAUAGCACGGCUUUAUCAAAGCCAAAUGCUCCACCUGAUAUUGGUUUCAAAUCCCUGGCGGCAGCCCAAAUGUCUGCCAAGUGGGAAUGCGAUGCAUGUAUGACACGCAAUGACGCAGCACGCAACAAAUGUGUCUGCUGUGAACAAGCAAAGCCGGGUAUCACAACGCCCGACGUUCCUUCUAACGGGCCUAAGUUCACUUUUGGUACAGCCGCGUCAUCAAAGUUCACAUUUGGCUUCGGCUCCAGUGCGAAUGGAACAUCGUCUGCCGGAUCGGGUAUUGUGCCGACCUCAGUAGCCCCAUCGAAUCAAAAGACUGAAGGAGGAAAUACUAAAGGUUUAGAGUUUGACAGUUCUACCACUGUAAUUGCGUCUUCGGGGGCUUCUGAUUUUAGCUUUGGCAUAAAAACAACACCUGUUUCUGUUGAAAAGGAAGUUACUAGCCAAGGCAGCCAAGGCAAAGAUGUCGCAGAUAAUGGAAACAAUUCUAUAAAAGAACUGUCUGAAAUAAAAACUAGUGCAUUUAAAUUUGGUACGCCCACAACUUCGGUUAGCAAAAAUUUGGUUACAACUAAAUCACCCGUAAAUUUUAAGUUUGGCGUACCUGCCAGUGUUGGUGCGGCAACAACAGCUUCUACAGCGGCUACAGUUAAAUUCAGUUUAGCUACUGCCGACGCUGUUGUUAAAGACGGUUCAACGAAAUCAACAGAACCCACUAAAGCUACGCCAAGCGGAUCAACUACUACUGGAGGAUUCGUAUUUGGUAAUGCAACAUCGCAAUCAUCAACCAAUAGUUUUUCAUUCGCCAAACCAGCUAAUACAACUUCUGUGGAAACAAAGACCACGUUAACAACACCAUUUUCGUUUGGUGUGGCUACGUCCACACCAACUCCAGCUCAAUCAUCAACUACAACAACGUCGACCGCCACAGUUAAGCCAUUGUUUAGUUUUGGCAGCAAUACUACCUCGACCUCAGCAGCAACAUCUACAUCUGCGCCAGCUCCUACCACAAUUACUAGCUCUUCUGUUUCGGCCUUUACAAACUGUGCAGGAGGCUUCAGUUUCGGUAGCAGCAUCACAGGUAAUGCCACAGCUUCUCAAACCGCCAAACCGGCUUUUGGCAGCUUCGCCACAGUGGAGCCGUCUGCAGUUGCAUCCGUGCCUGGCACAGCAAUUCCCACAUUAUCAGCUUCGUCCACCAAUGUUUUUGGCACAUUAGGUGUAGCACCCUCUUCGGCUAAGACAACUACUACCUCAGCCAUACCGAUUUUAGCAUCCACAGCAGCUGCUGCGCCACCAGCAUACAAUGUAAAUCCUUUUGGCACGAUAAGCCACGGAGUCAGUGGCGAGUCCAAACCCACUGCGUCCGCCACUAUGAUUUUCGGAAAUGCUGGCAGCAAAACGCCAGCCACUGCACAAGCUGCACCUGCGCCAUUUGUUUUCGGUUCAUCAGCAUCCAAUCCCACAAUGCAAGGGACAGCGAGUACCACAUCUGCAAGCGGUAGCAAAGUUGCACCGACAUCAAGCUGGCAAAAGAGUGGAUUCACUUUCGGUGUGUCCAAUGUUAACGCUACAACAUCGAAUACAACUGAUGCGCCAAAACCUGUAUUUGGCAGCUUCGGAUCCAAUUCUGAGGCACCUACUGCAACUGCUUCAUCAGCUGCAACGGUUAUGGGUGCUGGUAGUACGGUUUUUGGCGGCUUGAGUGCAAGCAACACAGCAACUAUCUCGACCGCUACCUUUGGCAGUGUGGCAGCUAAUACUUUAGCAGCCAGCCAAGGAACUGUGUUCGGCGCUAGCGCUGCGACAUCCUCAUCGGCCACACAGUCAACACAAAAUCUUUUCGGUGCGGUGCCGGCAGCACCAUCCGGUUUUGGUGCGCCACCAUCGUUUGGAAGUGCCAGCAGCAGUGCGGCCAAUAACACACCGAACUUUGGCGCUGCCAGUCCAGCUACGUUCGGAAGCUUCGGCGCGGCGGCAGCGAGCACAAGUGGCGACGGUGCAUCCGCACCGAAGAAAUCCGAACCGGCCUUCAAUUUUGGCGGCAAUACUUCACAAAUCGCAUCAAGUGGAGGAUUCAAUUUUGGGCAGCAAGCAAGCGCAAUCGCAAAACCAGCGUUCAAUUUUACCGCUUCAAAUGCACCGACAUUCAACUUCACCGGUUCGAGCAGUGAUCAGGCAGCGAAACCCUUCCAAUUUGGAGCAACACCAGCGCCGCUUUUUAAUUUUAGUGGUGGGGCCGUGGAGGCCAACACCAUCAGCGCCAAACGCACCGGGUGCCAUGCAGGCACGACGAAAGAUCCGGCAACCGACAAGACGUCUUACACCACGGUAGAGCAAUUUAUAGCAGCGGACGCCUCUAAAGGCGUGGACCAACAACAAACUAAACUGACGGGACAACUACAAUGGUCAAGACAGAGGAACAUCAAAGACAACAAUAACAGCAACAUUAAAAUUCCCGCUAGCGCGUGGAACGACGAUUGUCACGCAGCAAAAUUAAACUACGAUGACAGUGGAAACAGUGGAAGCAGCAACAAUAGCAAAGCCCAAAACGAAUUAGGAAAAUCGCUAUUAAAUAGUGGAACAAGAGCGGCUAGUGGCCACAAAGAUAACCGUGGCUACAACCCGGCCAUAAAAUCUCAAGUGACUCCAAACAAAUAUAAAUACAUACGUAUGCCGAACAGCACCGGCACUCAAAAUACUUACAAUACUGCAAUAUUCGCUGGAAAAAGCAACACAAUUUCAGAGAAACCUAAAAUAUUGUGUAAAAGUGGCAGUAUGAAUGAAAUUUCCGUUCAUCAGAAGUCUGGAAUGCGAUUAGUUAAACGUAGUAUUCGCAUUCGGCAGAAAUUUAAUAAAGGUAAAGCGGAAUGUGAAGUACCACAAAGCUCAAGCGUUGAAAUGCAAGCUCUGGUCAAACCAAAUCUAUAUCGCAAAGUUAAUAUAAAAAAUGGUAAAUCGGUGGCAAUAACGACCCAAAAGCCUCGUCAUACCACGUUGCAGUUGCCAUCACAAACGCCUUCGGAAGGAAUUAGUCAGUAUCGUUUGGAGCGUAGCCAGCAAGACAACACAGAGCUGAAUCCAUUGCAUAGUCAUUUAGUUGAAUCCUUGGCAAAGAAAACUGAGCAUUCAAUAGAUAGUCGAAAAGCGCGCUACUCCUUUGUUAUCACCACGGCCAAUAGAGCCACUAUUGCUACAGAUGAUGCUAUUGACUAUGUUCCCAGUCCGACUGUGGCCACAAGAGCUGUUUCGCACAAAUGAUAAUGCGGUCCCGGAUGCGAAGUAAUUUUGUUACCAACUAUUAAAAACAUAAUUUUCAAUGUGCGGGUAUAUGACAGAAGUAACGUGACAGGUUCCAUUAUUAUUGAUUUCUACGGGUUAAUUUAACCAAUUUACUAUUUUUAAGAGCUCUACUAUUGUAUAAAAAAGAAUUAACAAACAAAAGAUAUAACAGAUAAUAACGAGGUUAUAAUAGGUAAAAGAAGAAAUUAGAAAAUAAAGAACAUCAGAAUCAAGAGAAAAUGAAUUUUGCAACGCAAUUACAUUAAUAUAAAGAACUUGUACUCCUACUGCACAAUUAGCAAGAAGGAAAAAGGAGGGACUAAAUCCCGGGAGGGUGAUGAAUACAAUUCGGUGAUGUGGAAAGUAAUACGUUAAACAUGCUUUACAAGAUUUUAAACGUACAUUUUGAUAAUAAACACUUUUUAAUUCACAGGCCCUGAGAGGUAUAAAAAAAAAAACUAUUGCAUCCUAAAUCCUGUGCUUAUUUUAAUCUUGUUUAAAAAAAAAAAAUACGUAUUCGUCCCCGAUAUUAAAAUAAAGGAUAAGAACGAACCCCUUUCUACAUUUAAAACUGAAAAUAUUUCUCACAACGACUAUUUACAUGCAUUAUAUUUUGUUAUAUUUUUUAAGAAAAAUAUUCGUUCCAUCAUUAAUAGUGUUAACAAAAUUAUAAAUCGUAGUUUAAUUGAAUUAUUUCAACUUUGUUUUGUACUAGAAGUCAACAUUAAUCCACGGAAAACCGCUGAGGUUUCACAAUUAUACAAUAAAUUGCUGUACAUACAUACAUAUAGUAUUUGUUAAAUA